AUGCAAACGCGGAUACAUGUUAAACAACCAAAUUUGCAGUUUUCUGAUGACUCGCAGCAAAAUUUACUAGAUGGCUGUAGAGAUGUUUAUAUCGAUAUAGGAACAAAUAUUGGAAUACAAAUUCGAAAACUUUAUGAACCCAAUUUAUAUCCAAAUGCUCCAGUUCUACCGCUCUUUAAAAUGGUCUUCGGACAUAACUUAACUAAAGUAUGUUCUAUUGGUUUUGAAGCUAAUCCUUUACAUGAUAAUUAUUUGAAAGAAUUUGAAAAUUACUGUUUAAAGAAACAUUGGCGUGUUAAGAUUUUUAAAUCGACUGCUGUUAGUAUAAUCGAAAAAAAUCUUUCAUUUUACACAGAACCAGGCAAUGAAGUGAACAAUCAAUGGGGUGCAAGCUUACUAGCAGGUAAUGGAAGAAAACCUAUCAUUGUACCAAGUAUUGAUAUCGUAUCGUGGAUUAAAAGAACAGUAUUAAAUCGGAAAAUACCUCCAGGAUUCGGCCCACCAAGAAUUCUAAUGAAAACGGAUAUUGAAGGACAUGAUCCAACAGUCAUUGCACAUCUUGUACUGAGUGGAAUUUACUGCUCAAUUAAUCUUAUUUAUGGUGAGCACUUUAAUGAUGCAUUUCAGAAGACAAUAUCAGUAUUACAACAAUAUUCGAAUUCGUGCAAAACCAAAUUAGUUUAUUUGGAUGAUGAAUCGUAUUUCAAUCAAAGAUUUCCUUUUAUUUUAGAUAAUUCUGCCAACUGA